AUGGAGAGUUACCAGAUACUUCCUUUUACAAUGUAUACUGAAGAAACAUAUUCUUUUCAACAAUUCCAUGAUGGUUACAAUGGUGAUAAUAAUAAUAAUAAUCACGACAACAAUCAACAGUUGCUUAUUCACCAACCCAUUAACGUGGAAGAUUACCUCAAAGAAAAUCAGAUGUUAAAAUUAAAAAUUUCAGAAAUCUCUAAACUCUUUGAAGUGAAUGAAAUCAAUUUCAGUCAUCGUUUAGGUGCAACUGAAUAUGAAUUGGAACAGUGUAAAAAGGUAAAUGAAGUUGUGUUAAGUCAACAUUUAGCAAGAAUACAAACUUUACAAUCUGAGGGUCAGGCAUACCAAAAUCAACUAUCAGGUUUAAAAAUUGAAUUGGAACAAUGUAAGCAAACGAUAAAAUUGAAAGAAGAGAAAAUUGAUCAAAUGGAAAUAUAUUUAUCUAAACUGCCAACAUUGGAUGAUUAUAAAGAGACUGUGAAUAAGUUACAACUUAUAAAAAAUCAAAAUCAUUUACUGAAGAAACGUAUUGAAGAGUAUAAGAAGAAGUUGAAUGAUUGUGAUUCACAGUUAACUGAAGCUAAAACUCAAAUUAAAUACAAUAAAGAAUGUGAACAAAUGCUUCAAACACAGCUGGAUGCAGCUAUGGAGCGUCUAUAUCAGCGUAAAAGUGGUAAAUCCAAUCUGAAUGGAAUCAAAGUCACUCCAAUCUUUGUUGAAGACUUAAAAUUUGAAUUGGAACGUUAUCGUCUUGCUUUUGAACAAACUAAAAAACUUCUUGAAGCUGAAACAUGUCGUGCAGAAGCUGCAGAAACUCGUCAAAAAUUAGAUUAUCGUGAAUUCAGUGAAUAUCGUGCACGUGAAGAAGCUGAAAUAACUGGUUUAAAGGCAUCUUUAUCAACUAGACGUAUUGAAAUUAAACAAUUGAAAGAGCGUAUCUCUGAGAUAACACAAGAGAAACAAGAUCUUCUCUCCAACCUUUUUGAAGCACAUAAUGCAUUAAUAAAUAUUUUAUCAAUAUGGAAAUCAAGUAAUGGCCAGUUAUGCCAACGUUUAAAUGAAUAUAUCCAAGAGAAUGUUAAUGAAAUUGUACGUUUAGCUAAACAAUUGAAUCAUCUAGCUAAUGGACGUAAAUUAGAUCUAUCCGAGUUAUUAAUACAACCAAAACCGUUAACGAAUAGUAUUAGUGAUAUUCUUGUCGACAGUGGAAGAGUAGACGAAGAAAUAACAGCUGAUCAUAAAUCUACUGAAGACUUAUCAUUGUCUUUAUUACAACCAAGAAAUGCUGAUGGUAUUGAUGCAAAUGAAUCAUGGCAAGAUUCAUUCUACAAUGCUAUUCAAACAGCAUCACAAUUAUCAGACAAUAUUAAUGAAGAACAACUUCAUAAUUCAUUGGGCCAAUUAAAAGAAACACGAACAAUGCUCUUGGAAUUACGUCAACAGCUUGCCAGUAAGUACGCAGAUCAUUUGGGUGGGAAAAUAGAUUGUACUAUCCAAUGA